AUGGGGGACAUCCUGAACAGAAGGGGUUUCCCGAGGUGGCACAGGACCCAGUCUGGACCAUCUGGGAAGUGUGAAGUGAGACCAGAAGGCGCCACCAACAUGGACACUCUUACCCACAGAAAAGAUGUGGAAGACGACAAGAACACAGCAUUCUCCUGGGAGGUGAGUGCCAACAACCACACCUUCCACACGAAGUUCAAGGAGAAGGGCUUCCUGUGCUGGCGGAGGAAGAAGUUCAAGGAGAAGGGCUUCCUGUGCUGGCGGAGGAAGAAGUACAAGAACAAUGCCAUCUGCACAGCCAAGUACAACUUCUUCUCCUUCCUGCCAUUGAACCUCUAUGAGCAAUUUCACCGCGUGUCCAACCUCUACUUCCUUCUCAUCACUAUCCUCCAGGCCAUCCCUGAGAUCUCCACGCUACCCUGGUUCACCCUCCUCGCCCCACUGCUCUGCCUAAUCACCAUCCGGGCCACUCGAGACCUGGUGGACGAUAUUGGGCGGCACAGGAGUGACCAGGCCAUCAACAACAGGUCCUGCCAGAUCCUGAGGGGGAAGAGCUUCACGUGGAAGAAAUGGAAGAAUCUGUGUGUGGGAGACGUGGUGUGUCUCAGAAAGGACAGCAUUGUACCGGCCGACCUGCUCUUGCUGGCCAGCACAGAGCCCAGCAGCUUGUGCUAUGUGGAGACUGCUGACAUAGAUGGGGAGACCAACUUGAAGUUCAGACAGGCUCUGACAGUCACCCACCAUGAACUGACCAGUCCAAGGAAGAUGGCGCACUUCCAGGGCACAGUAAUAUGUGAGGAGCCCAACAGCCAAAUGCACCACUUUGUGGGGAGCCUGGAGUGGAACAGCAGAAAAUAUUCCCUGGGCAUUGGUAACCUGCUCUUGCGUGGCUGCAGGAUCCACAACGUGGAUACCUGCUACGGCCUCGUCAUCUACACUGGUGCUGACACAAAGAUCAUGAAGAACUGUGGCAAGAUCCAUUUGAAGAGGACCAAGCUUGACCUCCUCAUGAACAAACUGGUGGUCUUGAUCUUCCUGUCCCUGGUGGUCAUAUCCUUGGCCUUGACCCUGGGCUUCAGUUUCAUGAUCAAAGACUUCAAAUUGAAGCAUUAUUAUGUGUCUGCCAUGCACACGAAGACUGUGGUCAUGGAGUCCUUCUUCAUCUUCUGGAGCUUCCUCAUCCUUCUCAGUGCCGUGGUACCCAUGACCCUGUUCAUCAUAGCUGAAUUCCUCUACCUGGGGAACAGUCUUUUUGUCAACUGGGACAUGCAGAUGUUCUUCAAGCCUCAGACCACACCUGCCAAGGCCCGAAGCACCAGCCUCAGUGACCAGCUGGGCCAGGUGCAGUACAUCUUCUCAGACAAGAUGGGCACGCUCACACAGAACAUGAUGACCUUCAACAAGUGUUGUAUCAACGGCCACGUCUACGGUCCAGAUGACGAGGAUGGGACCCACCAUCAUGAGAAGCCCUACAUGUGGAAUGAAUUUGCAGAUGGGAAACUCCUUUACUACAACAAGCAGCUUUUGCACCUCGUGCAGCACAGGCAGGACAGGGUGGUGCAAGAGUUCUGGCGACUUCUUGCCAUCUGCCACACAGUCAUGGUCCAGGAGAAAGACAACCAGCUGUCGUACCAGGCGGCUUCCCCAGAUGAGGAGGCUGUAGUCACCGCAGCCAGGAACUUGGGCUACGUGUUCAGGUUACGCACCCAGGACACCAUCACCGUGGUGGAGCUGGGGGAGGUCUACCAGGUCCUGGCCAUGAUGGACUUCAACAGCGCUCGCAAGCGGAUGUCUGUGCUGGUUCGAAAUCUGGAAGGCUCCAUCUGCCUCUACACCAAGGGUGCGGACACAGUCAUCUUGGAGCGCUUGCGUGAGAGGGGUGAAACGGAGGUGACCACAGAGGAAGCCUUGGUUGCCUUUGCAGAGCAGACCUUGCGAACCUGCCUGGCCUACAAAGAGGUGGCUGAGGACGCCUAUGAGGAGUGGGAGUCCCAACAUCACGAGGCCUGUCUCCUGCUACAGAAUCGGGCACAGGCCCUGCAACAGGUGUACAACAAGAUGGAGCAAAACCUUGAGCUACUGGGAGCCACAGCCAUUGAGGACAAACUCCAGGAUGGUGUUCCAGAUACUAUCAAGAGACUCAAGAAAGCAAACAUGAAGGUAUGGGUGCUCACAGGGGACAAGCAAGAGACUGCAGUGAACAUUGGCUUUGCCUGCCAGCUACUGACAGAGAACAUGUUCAUUCUGGAGGAGAAGGAGAUCAACCACAUCUUGGAUACAUACUGGGAGAGCAACAACAACCUGCAGGGCCCGGAGAACAAGCUGAGGUUUCUGCCAUGGGUCAACAUGGCCAUGGUCAUUGACGGAGACUUCCUGGACCAGCUGCAACUGUCUUUGCACAAGGAGCCCCUGGCCCUGACCCAAUACAUGGUGGUAGAUGGGGUUUGUCAGGAGCCAGGCCAGAUGAGGAAAGACUUCCACCCAGCCAGGCAAAUCUCCCAGAUGUGGCAGAAUUUAAGGGCCCCGCUGGCCCCAGCACAGUCCAGGACCUCAAAGAAACACAAGAACCCAGAGGUGCAGCGGGAGCAGGCCUUCGUGGACCUGGCCUGCAGGUGCCAGGCAGUCAUCUGCUGCCGGGUGAUGCCCAAGCAGAAGGCCUUGGUUGUGUCACUAGUCAAGAAAUACCAGCAAGUGGUGACCCUGGCCAUUGGGGAUGGGGCCAAUGACAUCAAUAUGAUCAAGACUGCAGACAUCGGUGUGGGGCUGUCGGGUCAGGAGGGCAUGCAGGCAGUGCAGAAUAGUGACUACAUGUUGGCCCAGUUCUGUUUCCUACAGCGGCUGCUGCUGGUUCAUGGACGCUGGUCCUACAUGCGGGUCUGCAAGUUCUUGCGCUUCUUCUUUUACAAGACAGUGGCCUGCAUCAUGGGCCAGAUCUGGUUCUCCUUCUACAGUGGCUUCACUGCCCAGCCCCUGUAUGAAGGCUGGUUCCUGGCCCUCUUCAACCUGAUGUAUACCAUCCUCCCGGUCCUCUACAUUGGGCUCUUUGAGCAGGAUGUGAGUGCCGAGCAGAGCCUGGAGAUGCCAGAGCUGUACAUGGCGGGCCAAAAAGAUGAGCUCUUCAACUACUGGGUUUUCUUGCAAGCCAUUGCCCAUGAUAUCACUUCUCUGGUCAACUUCUUUAUGACAUUGUAGAUCAGCCAAGACACAGCAGGGCCCGCCAGCCUUAGUGACUACCAGUCCUUCACAGUUGUUGUGGCCCUAUCAGGCUUGCUGUCUGUUAUCAUGGAGGUUGUCCUGGUCAUCAAAUACUGGACUGUCCUGUGCACGGUGGCUGUUCUGCUCAGCCUUGGCUCCUAUGCAGUCACGACAUGUCUCACCCAGAGCUUAGGGCUCUACAGGAUCUCCCCACCAACGUUCCCAUUUCUCUAUGCUGACUACAACGUGCUUAUGCAACCCUCCAGCCUACUGGUGAUCCUGCUGAAUGUGUCCGUGAACACGCUGCCUGUCCUGGCUUUUCCUGUCAUCCACCGUCUCCUCAGGCAGCUGUACCCCAAGGGUGAGGAGGAGGCCCCAAGUGAGGAAGUCUUCACCAUGGAGCACAUUCCUUCUUUACACCGGAAGUCCCCUGCCCGGCGCUCCAGCUAUGCCUUCUCUCACCAAGAGGGCUAUGCACACCUCAUCACUCAGGGCACGAUCCUACGGAGGUCUCCCAAGGUCAACAACCUGCAGACUGGGGUCCUCUGUCCUGCGGGGUGCGAGACAUCCCUCUUGGCCACCCCAGCUCUGCUGAAUGGGCCCUGUCCUGGGAAGUGA